UUUUAUUUUUAGUUUACACAAUCAACUUGGGAUCAGAGUGUCUCAUCUGUUUCCUCUAUCUCCAAAAAGGAAGGUAAUUCACAGCCUUCUCUUUUCUAAAUGGUGAGGACUCCGGGACCCCUGCUUCUGCGCCGCUGUUGGUUAUCCAGACUAUGCCACCACGUCCACCUGGGCUCCCAGAAGACGCCAGAAAGAAGAGAAUGGAAGGAAACAGUACAGUGGGGACGGGAAGAGAAGAAACGACGACAGCCCAGGACUUCAUACUCCAGCCUCAGCACUCACUUAAGAUUGAAGAAUAGUCCCUCACUGGCUUCAGGCUCUAGCCAAUAGGAACUGACACUCUUAGCCAAUCAGCGCUUUGCGUUUUUCCGGCGUUCUGCGUGCAGCCAUGGAGAUGGAAUGAGCAAAUCCAAACAGAGGGGUGGUGGUUACUCUAGCACUUCCCGCCCCAGUCUCUAGCCUGUGGGCUCGUCCAAAGGCCGGGCGUGAAGCCCUUUGGGUGGAGGGAGGGGCUCUCGUGGUCACUCACUUCCGGGUCCCCGCCAACAGGAACGGAAACUGUACAGCCAGUCAGCUUCGUGAGCUUCUUCCGGCGUUCUGUGUGCUGCCCUGGAAACCGUAUGGACGAAUCCAAACCUGGAGGGGCUCCGCCUCCGUAAGGCUGGUCGGCGCUUCCGAGCGUUCCGCUUUGCUUCACUGCUUUCUCCCCUAUUCUUGGGAAUGUGGACCUGUCCUGAGGCAGAGGCCGAGAUGCGCGCAACCGCGGGAGCAGCCAAGUGGACUCGAGUCUUUUCUUGACUUACCUACCAGGAGCUAGAGAUGCUGUUAUUCUACUGUAUGUGAGAAAUCGGCCCAGAGAUGGAAAACUUUAUUCUGUAUGAGGAGAUUGGAAGAGGAAGCAAGACUGUUGUCUAUAAAGGGCGACGGAAGGGAACAAUCAAUUUUGUAGCCAUUCUUUGUACUGAUAAGUGCAAAAGGCCUGAAAUAACCAACUGGGUCCGUCUCACCCAUGAAAUUAAACACAAGAAUAUUGUAACUUUUCAUGAAUGGUAUGAAACCAGCAAUCACCUCUGGCUAGUGGUGGAACUCUGCACAGGUGGUUCCUUAAAAACAGUUAUUGCUCAAGAUGAAAACCUCCCAGAAGAUGUUGUGAGAGAAUUUGGGAUUGACCUGGUUACUGGAUUACAUCAUCUUCAUAAACUUGGCAUUCUCUUUUGUGACAUUUCUCCUGGGAAGAUACUCUUGGAAGGGCCUGGCACACUGAAGUUUAGCAACUUUUGCUUGGCAAAAGUGGAAGGUGAAAAUUUGGAAGAGUUCUUUGCUUUGGUGGCAGCAGAGGAAGGAGGAGGUGAUAGCGGGGAAAAUGUCCUGAAGAAAAGCAUGAAAAGUAGAGUCAAAGGAUCUCCUAUAUAUACAGCACCAGAAGUUGUGAGGGGUGCUGACUUUUCCAUCUCCAGUGACCUCUGGUCUUUGGGCUGUCUGCUUUAUGAAAUGUUUUCAGGAAAACCUCCAUUCUUCUCAGAAAGUAUUUCAGAAUUAACUGAAAAGAUCUUAUGUGAAGAUCCUUUGCCACCUAUUCCAAAAGAUUCUUCUCGUCCUAAAGCUUCUUCAGAUUUUAUUAAUUUGCUUGAUGGGUUACUUCAAAGAGAUCCUCAAAAAAGAUUAACUUGGACAAGGCUACUGCAGCAUUCAUUUUGGAAGAAAGCUUUCGCUGGAGCAGAUCAGGAAUCAAGCAUGGAAGAUCUCAGUCUCAGCAGAAACACAAUGGAGUGUUCUGGGCCACAAGAUUCCAAGGAGCUUUUGCAGAAUGCUCAGAGUAGACAAGCAAAAGGGCACAAGAGCGGUCAACCACUAGGUCACUCUUUCAGACUAGAAAAUCCAACUGAGUUUCGGCCUAAGAGUACUCUUGAGGGUCAGUUGAAUGAAUCCAUGUUUCUUCUCAGUUCUCGUCCUACUCCCAGAACUAGCACUGCAGUGGAAGUAAGUCCUGGUGAGGAUAUGACUCAUUGUUCACCACAGAAGACUUCUCUGACCAAGAUUGCAACUGGACACCUGAGUCAGCAGGACCUGGAAUCCCAGAUGAGAGAGCUUAUCUACACAGACUCAGAUCUUGUUGUCACCCCCAUUAUCGACAAUCCAAAGAUAAUGAAACAGCCACCAGUUAAAUUUGAUACAAAAAUAUUGCAUCUACCAGCAUAUUCAGUGGAUAAGUUAUUAUUUCUGAAAGACCAAGAUUGGAAUGACUUUUUGCAACAAGUGUGCUCGCAGAUCGACUCCACUGAGAAGAGCAUGGGGGCCUCCCGAGCCAAGCUGAAUCUCCUUUGCUAUUUGUGCGUGGUGGCUGGUCAGCAGGAGGUGGCCACCAGGCUCCUCCAUUCCCCCCUGUUCCAAUUGCUAAUCCAGCAUUUGCGGAUAGCUCCAAACUGGGAUAUACGGGCCAAGGUUGCUCGGGUGAUUGGUUUACUGGCUUCGCACACAACUGAGCUCCAGGAAAAUACUCCUGUUGUUGAGGCAAUUGUUCUCUUAACUGAAUUAAUUAGGGAAAACUUCAGGAACAGCAAAUUAAAACAGUGCCUUUUACCAACCCUUGGGGAGCUGAUCUAUCUUGUAGCCACCCAGGAAGGAAAAAAAAAGAACCCUAGAGAGUGCUGGGCUGUUCCCUUGGCUGCAUACACAGUGCUAAUGAGGUGCCUUCGGGAAGGGGAAGAGCGUGUUGUGAAUCACAUGGCAGCAAAAAUUAUUGAAAAUGUCUGUACCACCUUUUCUGCUCAGGCCCAGGGCUUUAUUACAGGAGAAAUCGGACCCAUUUUAUGGUACCUAUUCAGACACUCCACUGCCGAUUCUCUUAGGAUAACAGCAGUAUCGGCCUUGUGUAGAAUCACUCGCCAUUCUCCUACUGCCUUCCAGAAUGUUAUUGAAAAGGUGGGACUGAACUCAGUAAUAAACUCCCUGGCCUCUGCCAUCUGCAAAGUUCAGCAGUACAUGUUGACCUUAUUCACUGCCAUGUUGUCCUGUGGGAUUCAUCUUCAAAGACUAAUCCAAGAAAAGGAUUUUGUCUCCACAGUUAUCCGUUUACUCGACAGCCCCUCAACAUACAUUAGAGCAAAAGCCUUCCUGGUUCUUCUAUAUAUUUUGAUUUAUAACCGUGAGAUGUUGCUGCUCAGUUGCCAAGCAAGACUGGUGAUGUACAUCGAGAGAGACAGCAGAAAGACCACUCCAGGCAAGGAGCAGCAAAGUGGCAAUGAAUACCUGUCCAAAUGUCUGGAUCUUCUCAUCCGUCACAUCGUGCAGGAGCUGCCACGAAUCCUGGGUGACAUUCUUAACGCCUUGGCUAAUGUUUCUGGACGUAGACACCCAUCAACAGUUCAAGUGAAACAGCUGAAGAUGUGUCUCCCCCUGAUGCCUAUAGUGCUUCACCUCGUAACUUCACAGGUAUUUCGACCUCAAGUUGUGACAGAAGAGUUUCUUUUCAGCUACGGAACUAUUCUUGUUACUGAUUAUAUCCUGCCACCCUUGGUGUCCUUGGUUCAAAGCCAAAAUGUGGAGUGGAGACUCUUUAGCUUGCGGUUGCUCUCAGAAACCACGUCUCUACUCGUGAACCAGGAGUUUGGCGAUGGCAAGGAGAAGGCCAGUGUCGAUUCUGACAGCAAUCUUCUGGCUCUCAUUCGAGAUGUCUUACUUCCCCAGUAUGAGCACAUUCUUAUAGAACCUGACCCGGUACCAGCCUAUGCUCUGAAACUGCUAGUUGCGAUGACUGAACACAACCCAACUUUCACAAGACUUGUGGAAGAAAGCAAACUGAUCCCACUCAUUUUUGAAGUAACUCUGGAACAUCAGGAGAGCAUUCUGGGUAAUACCAUGCAAAGUGUGAUUGCGUUACUCAACAAUCUAGUUGCCUGCAAAGAUUCGAAUAUGAAACUACUUUAUGAACAAGGACUUGUCAGUCACAUCUGUAACCUGCUCACUGAAACUGCCACACUGUGCUUGGAUGUGGACAAUAAAAACAACAAUGAAAUGGCAGCUGCACUGCUCUUUUCCCUGCUUGAUAUUUUGCACAGUAUGCUGACCUAUACCUCCAGUAUUGUACGGCUGGCUUUGCAGGCCCAGAAGUCUGGCUCAGGAGAGGACACUCAGGCUGCAGAAGACCUGCUGCUGCUCGGCAAACCUUUGACAGACCUGAUGAGCCUGCUCAUUCCGCUGCUUCCUAAUGAAGAUCCUGAGAUUUUUGACAUUUCAUCCAAGUGCCUGUUUAUACUGGUUCAGCUGUAUGGAGGGGAAAACCCAGACAGCCUCUCUCCUGAAAAUGUGGAAAUUUUUGCUCAUUUGCUGACAUCCAAGGAGGACCCAAAGGAACAGAAGCUUCUGUUAAGGAUUCUCAGAAGAAUGAUCACCUCCAAUGAGAAGCACUUGGAGAGCCUCAAGAAUGCGGGCAGCCUCCUGCAGGCUCUGGAGCAGCUGGCCCCCAGGAGUAGUUCAUUUGCUGACAGCAUGGUGGCUCCCUUGGCCCUGGAAAUCCUCCAAGCUGUUGGACACUAGGCAAGAAAGUGCUUCGCACAAGCCCACCCUGUGACCCCAGCCCUCGGAUGCACAAGCGAGGUCAGCUCCCAGACAUCUUUGCCACAUCCCCUCACAGCUGUAUUUGGACCUAAUAAAGUCACCUGAACGCAGAACCUGGUGGCCCAAGUGCUCACUAACCCCAGGGCCUAGAAAACUGACUCAGAAUGGACUUCCUCGGUUCCUGUGGAAUGCAUCUGGGAAGCCCAGGGUUGUUAGCUGUUCUCAGGAAUGUCCUUUCCCUCUCUGUGUGGGCCAGGUGGGCUAAGGUUAGCACUGCCUGUGGUAGUAAAGCAGUGGAUGCGAAGCACAGUCCUCAGCCUGCCAGCAUCUGUGAGCAUCUCUCCUCUCCUCAGGGAAGAGCAGAAGGGCGGACCAGGCAGGAAUGCUCUCCCAGCCUCAGCUCCAGAGCAAGCCUUUGGAAGCUAAUCUCUGAGCCUCUUGUCUUCUCCCCUUUUACAUGCCUGGCUUUUGUUCAUUUCAGGAGCAAACUGAUUCCAAGAAUCCUGGGGAGAACUAGGUAAGACUCACUGACCAGCACAGAUAGUGAAAAGUUUGCCUAAAGGAAUGCAAAAUACUCAAGAACACUGGCUUCCUUGAAGGUUUUCCCAUCUAGAUGGGAUGAUGGCAUCAGGGUCGAAUCAUUUCCCCCAACUUCUGCCACUUGAUCCCAUAUCUGCCUCAUGUUCCCUCUCACGUAUACCUUAGAACCUCCUGUGUAAGAGUCAGUCAAGCCCAUGGCAAUACUUGGUGGAUACUGUGGAAGUAUGUUGGGACUGCUGUACUGGGCAGGCUUACUUCUGAAUCUGGUGGGCCCUGGGCAGCUCCGACCAGAUGGGUAAGUUGAGGUAAUGCCUUGGCCUUUCUGGGGCCUCAUUUUCCCCAUCUGCAAAAUGAAAAGGCUACACUGAAUCAGUGGCUGCCAAGCCUUUUCCCAGCUCCAGUGCUCUGGUGCUGCUGCUUAGGGGAUUUGCCUUCUAACACUGCCCAGAUGGAUUCUGUCCCAGGCAGUGGCCAUGUUGGCCCACAGUUGGCCCCAUCUACUGCAUCUCAGGAAGCUGGUCAUGCUGUCAUCAACAGCCCCUCUGACACAGUAAUCUGGGUAGUUCGACAGUUUCCAUUUGACAUUACCUUUGAUGCACUUGUGCACAGAACUGUUGUUUUCAUUGUAAAGCAUUUCAUUGCAGCCCAGCUAGAAGCAUCCUCAUCAGCACCUCAUUACUUAAUGAGGUUCUCGGGUCAGUUCUGUGAACACAGGACAGACAUCAUCCCUGUGUUAUAGUUCAGAUAUGGUUUCAUUGCUUUACAAUGAAAACAGUUCUCUGCACAACUGCAUCAAAGGGAAUGUCAAUUACCUUAUGUAAUCCCCACCACAACCUGCAAAGCAAGCCGCCUUAGUUUCAUUUCAUUGAUGAGAAGACAGACUCAGAGGAGCCGUUUUCACUUGCCCAAGGCCCCACAGCUUGGCUGAACCCAGGACUCUGACUCCAUACCCUGUGUUCAUCCCCUAAUGGGGUGCACAAAGCUUGGGCUGUGACUAAUUGGGAUAUGAGAGUGUGCCCUCUAAGAGCAUGACCCAGGAACAGGCAGCUUCAUUUGACCUCACAUAGCCUACUUAUUGCCCAUGGUGGGGAGGCUUCACUAUUUAAGUCCUCCUGGGCCGUGUGCUCAUCUCCAGCUGUGUGUGCCCAUGUGGCCCUGGCCUGGCUGGUUUUGCCUGCAUUUCUGGGAGUGAGUGGGGAGUACUUGAUGGAGCAGCCAGAGGCUUGGUUCUCAGCUCCAGUGGCUUUGCCUGCUGGAUACAGGAACAGGCUCAGGUUUGUUUUCUUUGCCAUCUCCCUUUAGUUCUUAGGUGGGAGAACGCCUGUGGAGUUCUGGGUCUGGAGUCCUCUCAAGGUAUUUCAGAGCAAUGGAAGAUUCUUCUUCCUUCUUUCCCCUUUUCACUUGAGCAAGGAGGAGCCUUUGCUGUUUAACAGAGAAGAGGAAACUCUUUCUAUUCCAGAGCCAUUUUGUUCAGUGGACCACUCCUGGCCCUGGGCCCCAGUGUUGCCUAUCUGGGGAAGAGCUUAUCUGGAUCAGCAAGGACAAGGAGAUGAUGGUCCCAAGCAGAGCUCACUGCCCUGCCAAAUAUGCUGGGUCACUAAAGUUAGUCCAUGCCAAGCCUUGUACCCUGGUGAGGCUGUGUCCUGGAAGAAAGGUGCCUAUGGAAAGCAGCAGCCUAGGUCCCUUUGACUUCAGAGGUAGGGGAUAUGAGCAGCCUGGUUGGGCAGAGGGCAGCUUGUAGUAGUAACCCUUCCCUGCCCUCCCCAGGCCUGUACCUUAGUAUUUGGCAUGCCUAAGUGGCUCCAUUCUGAGAGCAGAGCUGGCCCCUCAGCUCUUAGGAUUCUGGCAGUGGCAAGGGGCCCACCCCUCCUAGCCCUCUCCUUCCCUCCAUCCCCAAGCGUCAGCUAUUUGCCAUUUAGCUACAAUCCACUGACUGUCUUCAGGGAUGAAUGGUGUCACUGAAGUCACAGAGGUGAGAGGCAAAGGAGGUGACAAGCAAUAGGGCACAGAGGCGGCUCAGGUGAGUGGCUGCACACAGGACUAUUCCUCCCCCUCCACUAACAGCAGGCCCAAAGUUCCAAGACCUUGCCUGAACUUACAGCCGAGUGUGCAUCCCCAUUAAGCUGUCCCUCUGUGAAGCAUCGUUUGGGGUAACUGUGGUCACAGGUGCCUAGAAAGGUGCUGAUAAUCACUCGUGGCACCUGAGUCAGUGAAAUGCAGCAACAGAAUUUACUCUUAUGGUUCUUUGCAGUUUAUCUUUUCAAGUUUCUCCUGUUAGCUAAUGAGGUUCUCAGGUCGGUUCUGUGAACACAGGGCAGCCAUCAUCCCUGUGUUAUAGUUGAGAAAAUGGGGGCUCUGGUAGCUAAGGCUCUUGUACAAGGUGAUGGGAGAGGAAUCUCCCUCACCAGGUCUCUCCUGUCUCCACCUGAAGCAAGAUGCCCUUUUUCUUUCCCCUGGCAACAGAAAAAUGCAAUGUGGAAUAUAAUCUUAUACACACAGGGGCUACGGUAGCAAGUGGUAUGGCUACAAGAAAGCUACAAGAGGCUUGGCCUCCUGGGAGAGCUGUCUGGAGUGGGGUUGGGGGAGACUAGGCAAAGCUGGGCCUAGAAUGAGGAGCUUUAAACUGGCCCUUAAAGUCCAGCCUCUGGCCUCUCCCAUCAGAGGCUUGAUGUUGAGGCGGUGGACAAAUGCAUUGUUUUAAUGAUUACAUUUGAAUGGUAAUAUCCAAUCCAGAAGCCUGGCACCAAUGAAGCCUGGUGAAAACACCCAAAAGAUAGACAGCAGAGUCUCUCCCUCACACUAUGUUAGUCCUCUCCCUAUCUCCUCCUACAAGGUGCCCAUUGUCACCAGGGUCUUUGUGUGCAUCCAGGGAUGGUCUAUGCAUGUCUUCAGAUUCUGCACCCACCUUUUUACCCAUACGUGAGCAGCUGUCAACUCUGCUCCUUGCUUUUUCUCCUAAUAAUGUAUUUUGAAGACCAUUUUAUACCAAAACACAGCUUUAUGUGCCGUUUUUUCCCCCUUUUGACUGCAGUGGUCCACCAAAUAGAUGCAUCGAAAUUUGCUUAACUAGUUAGGUUCCCUUUUGAUAGCUAUUUGGGUUGCUAUCUCUGAUAGCACUGCAAUGAAUUCCUUGUACAUACUUGGGAGUAUACCUCAAAUAAUUCUGAGUAGAACUGCUUUGUCACAGAGUGGCUCUCAGUCGUACCUAACAUGGAAAUAACAUUUAUGGACACACGGACCUUUCCCCAUUCAUGCCCAAACCUACUUUGGAAAUACAUAGGGGUGGAGUUUCUCCUUUGCCUUCCUGCAUACCCCUAUACCUGUUAUGACCUUCCCCCACAAGCUGAACUCUGAAACUUGUCACUUCCUUCUAUGUUUACUGGAGUCUCAAGUGGUGGAAUGGAUACUAUACAAAAUUCCACACAGGAGGCCGUGAUAUCAUAAUUUCACUUCGGUGGGUAUCUGCUCAAGGCAAGGCAAGGCAGGUUCUCACUUAAUAGAACUGCAGAUCAAUUUAGCAUUCUUUGCUUUAUAAACAAAACAGCACAAUUCACAUCUUUUUAUUAUAGCAACCAAGAGUUAGAGUGUAUUUAUCUUAAGAUCUUUCAUUAUUAAGGAUUCAGAUCAUCAGAUUUCAAAGCUUCAUGUCUGUAAGAUCUGCCCCAACAUAGAAAAGCUUCCUUCUUUUGGUUCAAUGGUGGUUGCUGCAAUGUGAUCAAAUGUCUUAACUCUCAAGGCUGUCUCACUAACUACAGCACAACUGAAAAAAGAAAACUUACACUGGAAAGCCCUCCUAUUCUCAACGGCCACGUUCACUUUGUCAUUUUCACCUCCUGUACCCAAAAAUACAAGUGGGCAGCAUUUCAUUUAGGCCUUUUCCUCCCCACCACUAUUUCUCGUAUUGAAAACUUGACUUCACUUUCUUCACCACCAUUUACAGGAAAGGUUAGGCACCUUGCCAGCAUCCUGUGCACCUCCCUCUCCAGGUAACCAUUAUUCUGAUUUCUAGUCAACUAAUCAUCUCGUCGCUCCAUCCGCGGAUAUUUUCCUUAAAAUAGCUUGUCCCUUUUUUGAAUCAAUGAAGAUCAAUGGAGUUCUAAAGCAUGCAUCUGUGACUUUUGUUCAGUAUUAUGUGAAAUAUAUGCAUACUAUACUGAUACCCACAUCACCAAAGCUGUAGUUUUUCACUCCAGUGUCUCUUGUGUGAACAGAGAUUGUUGGACACAUGGGCAUCCAGGAUAGACUGUCAACAUUGUGGCCCACCAAGCCUUACUGACGCUUGAGGCAAAAGAAACAAUCAGUAAUACUGCCUUUAUUUAAAAUCUUGAUAUUUUGUUGGGUCAUGGAUGUUUUUCUAUAUUUUUUAUUCCAAUGGCUGUUUCACACCUUUAUGAAAAAGUCCCUCUCCUCCCACACUGAUCUCCAACGCUGUCUCUGAAGAGUCUUCAAAUGCCUGUUAUUCUAUCCCUAUUCCUGUAACAGGGUUAACUAACUUUAGCUUUAUAUUAGUUAGGCCUUGACAGCUGCUAGAGCAAAUACUCCUAUUUUUCCUAAGCGUCUUGGCUAUUAUUCACCCUUGGUAUUUCCAGAACCACCUUGCUGAACUGGAUCAACUCUCACAUUGUUUUUAAACUUCAAAAAUACAAUGAAUUAGCAAAGCUCUGAAAACGUUUUCUGGUUUUAAAAAGUUCUGUAAGUGAAACACCCUGCGGUGGCUCUUUAUGUUGAAAGCUGAAUUCACUGAAGAUCUUCACAGUGUUAACCUACCAAUAGCCCUAGGCUUCUUGAAAUACUGGCUGGUUUGGUUUAUCACACAUGAGACAGAACCUGAGACCUACCACCUCAUCAGCUAUGUGACUGUUUCUUUUCAAACCCUAAUUACAUUUUAGACCACAAUGAAGAAUUUAUUUUUGCAAAGCAAGGGCAUUCACAAAAAGGCCUCCCCAGAUGAAGCUGAUUUUUCAUGAAAAAGAACUGAAUGUAUGUUUUUCUCGUAAUAGUCACUAUCAAAAUAAAAACAGUAAAUCAGAAACAGCUCUCCCUAAAGACAAAACACUUUCACUUUUUAUAAGAAGACCAAAACAAGUCUUAACAGGUCUACCUGAAGAGAUGAACUAAGCUUGUAAGACCUACCACCAGGAUGAUAGGAUCAUCUGGCAGAUAGAUAGUGUGGAAGGCUCAUUCUGGUUCUGAUUAUGUUCAGAUAAACAUCAACACUUAAACCUAUUUAAUUAUUAGUUCAAAGUAGAGUUGAAGGAAUUCCCCUCUCCCAAUGAGUCACACUUGUGUGAAGGUGAUUCAAAUCCAAAUCCAGGUAGUUAAUAUUUCAUUACCUUAAUGGAAUCAAACCAUCUGGGAGAUUGGGGUAGAGAGAGAUAGAGAGUCUGCUUGGCUUUCUCCCACAAAAGCCCAGAACUAAUCACAAUGUGCAAGGCUGAAACACGUUUUUGGGGGUGCAAUGUAACCCAGGGCCAAAUGCUGAAGAAACUUGGCAAAUUGCAUCUAGAGAAGUAAGGGCCUCUCUAUCGCUAUAACAAAUUACUUCACUAUGUAUCUUCCUCAGUAUAAAGUUGAGUUGGAUAAACUUACCACCCUCACCAUUUAAUGACAAGAAAAAAAAGAGUGACACAAUCGAAUGAAUUAAAAGUUUAAUUCUGAACCAUUUUUUAUAACCGCAUUUUCUCUUGAAGCAUUGUAUCACAGCAGGUUACAACAACUUUGGGAUAAAAGGCAACUGGUAAACUGUCCAAAACAAGGUUCCAAAUAACACCUCUUACUGAUUUACCCUACCCAUACAUAUCCCAAAUAAAGUUUUUGAUCAAAAACAUGAAAUAGAUCCACCUGCUUAUUUUAAGCAUAUUAAAAAGGAAACUAAUUGGACCAUUUUCUAUUUGUCUAUUUUAUACAAAAAGGCUACACAAUGUUACACUUUAUUCAGAUUACAAUUAUUAGAGUGAUUAUGAAUUAGUGUUCUACACCAUUACUCAAUUCUUAAAAAUUAGAAAUUGCUGUAGCAGUAUUCACUAUAACUUAACACUACGAGAGACUUAAACUAACAGUUACUGCAAAAAAAAAAAAAAAAAAAAAAUUAAAGAGCUACUUCAAAGCAAGCAAAGUCAGUACCAUUACAGAUAUUU